GUGGACACCGUCAGAGAUAGUGACAAUAAGAGAAAGAGGAAAGAGACCCCGUGUGAUUGAUUCAUCAAGGCAGUGGAGGCAGGAUGUGGGUCCUCAUCUCGGCAGCUCUACUUCUCUCUCUGACAGAGAGAGCCACAUGCAACGGACAGCAACAACCACCACCAACAACACCAUCACCCUGGACCAUCACCUUCAGUCCAGCAGAAAUAACAGCAGAGAAGGGACUAUGUGCUGUUAUUUCAUGUACUUUCACUCACCCUGAUAACAUCAAAACUACCCCUGCAAUAUGGUUCAAGUGCCUUACAAAUGGCAAAUGUGAUAAGGAUAAAAAGAUAAUUUUCCACUCUGAAACUCCCCAUAAAGCGCAGGAGAAUUUUAAACAGAGAGUGUCUCUACUAGAGGCUGAUCUGACAAAGAAGAACUGUAGUGUGAUCAUCAACGACAUCAGAGAGAAUGAUGCUGGAGAGUAUCAAUUCAGAACGUUAGGAGGAUCAUUUACAUACCCACAGAAAAUGAAAAUCACAGUGACAGCUCUGACCCAGAAGCCCUCAGUGUUGACUCCUCCUCUGACAGAGGGAGAACCAGCUACUCUGACCUGCACCGCCCCGGGGAUCUGCUCUGGAACUCCUCCUAACAUCACAUGGACAUGCAGAGGAACAGGAGACAACAUCACUGAGCUCAGAGACAACACCACCAUACAGAUUAGAGAGGACCUGACCCAUGUGACAACAACCCACUUCUCAACGUUGACCUUUACCCCCUCAGCUGAACACCACAACAUGAUGGUUACGUGUCAAGUAACCUUCCAGAAAAAAUAUCAAAUUGAAGAGACAGUAACUUUGAAUGUGACAUAUGUGAAAGACCCUCAAAUAACUGGAAAUGAAAUGGUGAAGGAGGAUGGUACCCUGGAUCUGACCUGCAGUGUUAACAGUUACCCUCCAUCUGACAUCACUUGGAGUAAGAACGGGACAAGUGCCCCACUUCAGAAUUACAGGGAAAAUGCUGCUCUCACCAUCUCCAAUGUGACAAGAGAACAUGCUGGGGAGUAUGUGUGUACAGUUCAACACCUUAACAGGACUUUGACAGCUUCCAUUGUUGUCACUGUGAUGUACCUUCCUGUGAUUCUUCCUGGCUCUGGGUGUGUGGACCAGGCAGAGGUCAUGACCUGUGUGUGUGUCAGUCAGGGGGUUCCCUUACCCCUCAUAGUGUGGCCACUGCUGGAGCUCAACACAGGGAGGUGCAGCCCCACUACGUCAGUGUUGGGUUCCUCAGUGAACAGCACCAUCAGCCUGACUGUUGGAAACCACAACAACAUCACUGUGGAAUGUGUCAGCAGAAAUGUUGUGGGUGUAGUGAGAGAGAAGCUGUACGUCUACCAAAAUAAGAGCCAAGAAAAGCAAAGAGAGGAAUGGGAAGGCAUUGUAGCUAUGCUGUCGGACCUAAAACUGAUUACUGCAUUUGUGAUUGGUGCAGCCUUCUCAGCCACCAUCUGUUGUAUCUUCCUGUGUUUGAAAGGGAAAUGUAAAAGGCAAAAAGAGAGGAUCCCAAAGGACUCAGACUCCAAAAGCCCUUUCAUGAACCUGGAGAUGGUGACAUGUGAAGACCAACAGACAAAUGCAGGACAGGCUGUGGACGGCGAACAGACCCCUCUGCAGUUGGAGCUGAGGGAGGGAGCUGAAAAUGGAGGGCCCCAGACCAGUGGAGCCGGGGGAAAAUUUGCCACAGGGGAAGAACUAAAUGAAGUGGACUACGCCAGAAUCAACUACUCCCUGCUGAAGAAGAAGACUCCUGAGGAGGCACAGAAGAAGACCACCACCACAGAGUCAGACUACGCCAAAAUCAAAAGAGAGAAGAAGAAAGAAGGGGAUGAUGAUGGAGGAGAGGGGAGUGGUAUGAAUAUGGGGAAGGAUGAGGAGAAAGGGAACGGUAAGCCAGCAACAGAGACAGAUGAGGAUACAGCGCUUUACUCCAACGUCAAGGCUAUUAUGGGUGGUGGUGAGUGACAAAGCAAUUUUCGCUAGAAACGUGGGGGAUGGCAUACAGUAUUAGCCAUGGGUUCUUAAAUAAUUUUCUGAAUCCGAAUUGAGUUUUAUGAUGAUACUGGGACUUUUGUUCAACUGAAACUAGUGUAGUUAAUAGUUUUGGUAAAUGCUCUAUUUUACAGCCCGGUGUCAGCUGGUACUGUAUGUUCCUGGUGGUUGUACAAUUUCAAUAAGAAUAUUUUCUAGUUGUACAUAGAAGCAAGUUUUGGUAAUGUUUUUCAAGGAAGUGUCAUUUGACUUUUGUAAUAAUUCUGUUUUGUCACCAUGAGGAAGGACUGACAAAGAUGUGGUUUGGAAUGGUAGAGACAGGUUGACUUAGAUCGUUGACAACAUGUAAAGUAUAUUUCUUCUCCAAUGUUUAUUGAAAAUACAAAUACAUUAUUACAGUUGUUGGUUAGCUAGCCAGCAUUUUUUUUAACAUAUUAACAUAGACGUGACAUCAGUCAAAACAAGACAUGGUAUCAAGAACAAGAUACAACUAGCUGAAACGAGCCACCUAUGAUUCCCCACAUGGCAGCUUUGUGUCACUGUUGCUACUGUAGCUGUCUGACCGUUCAUAAUCACCACAACACACGGCCUUCUGCCCCAUUGAAGCGUGUGUAUCGUUUUUGACAUUGUCAGCUCACCAGUAUCUGAGAAUAUUUUUCGAUUUAUAGGUGUUCAUUAUUUCAACAUUAUUUUAUAUUGAGGCACUACCUCACUUUUUUCAUUUGUUUGUUCUCUGAAAUCUGUUCAAAGCAUGUAUAAAUGGGGUAUUUCUUUUUUGCUAUUUCCAACCUACCAUCUCCACAAAUUUCACUCAACAAUAAUUACAGGCUACCAAUGGUAUAAAUCGGGAAUCGGCAACUUUGAUGGGGGUGGGGGCCACAAAAAAUCUGAACUCAUCAGGGGGGCAGCAGUGGCUCACGGGUCUGCUUAACAACAUCCAUACCCACACAUGUAGUCAGAGCUGGCGGUAGCCUUUUGGGGGCCCUAAGCAAAAAUGUUGUUUCCCCUACCUUGCAAGCACAACAUUUUAGGGCCCCACUCUUGACCUCGAAAAAAAUUAUUAUUCUACACAUUUUGCCAUGGGACAUAGAGAAAUGCUGCAAAUAUACACAUUCUGCCAUGGGGUUCAGAGAAGAAUUUGCAAUUUUAUAACUCAUUUCAUCCUAUUAUACUUAUUUUGCCAUGGGGCGGAGAGAAUGAUUAGCAGUUUACAGCAAAUUUCCUGCAGUUCUACACAUUCUUACUCCAGGUGACGUUUGAUGAUGAUGGUGGGUAGCUGUCAUCAGUGCAGGUCAGAUUCAGGGUAUCACCCUCUCUCACUGUGUUACUACCAGAGCUCUUGGGUUCCUUCACAUCUAGAAAACAAAGUGCAUACACAGUUAAUCAUGUUCACGAAAUAGGUUCCAUGCCGUGUUUCCCUGCCAACAGCUCCAAGGACUCGUCAUCCAAACAGAGCAAGGCCCUGGUCUUGGUGAGAAUCCUCUAGAGGCGAAAGAAACGCACACCUAUUUAGGCGAGGUGCUGGCUAGCGGAGUAGAACACUUUGAAAAAUAAAGGAGAGCCGCACACUCUAGGA